ACGGGCUUCUGGAAUCCCAUGCAUUCCGCCCCGAAGAGGAUAUCUCGGCUCUCGGACAUGGACGCGUUCGUCUGGGAAGCUGAUGAUGGCAUUCAGCAUUAUGGCCUUGUUCCCAGUGAAUGCAUCUAGUGUUCCUGAACCCUGGAUCCCACUAGGUCGGCGGCGUAACCGGAUCUUUGUGCGUCCGAGUGAGCCAACUUGCUCGGCGUAUGUUCAACAAGUUCAUACACCGCUCCGUGUGUGGAUGUCCAAGACUUUCUAUCCCAUCGUGGUAAUUGCGGUACGGUUGAACCCCUCCGACGUACCCUCCGUCCGAUUGACCAUCCGCUUUUCUAUUUAAUCCAGAGCAAAGUUGAACACACUAUCAUUACAACACUUACAUUCAUUCCAUAAGAUCAUGUUCCCCAUCGGACUACUCGCACUUUGCCAGGUCUUCUUGGAAGAAAAGGCAGCUACGAGUGUGGCAAUAGGCAUUCCUAUCGCAGUGCUCCUCAUUCUCCUCUGGUCGCUGUCCACCAAUCGCCACGAUUCAGACGAUAAACCUAUUACUUUGCCAUUAUGGGGAUUCCUCACGAUUAAACCCUUCUUCAACACUCGAUUCGACUUUCUUUCUUCGAGCUUUGAUCUCUGUGGACAGUCAAUUUUCCAGUUCAAUCUCCUGCGGAACACAGUCAUUGCGGUCUCGGGGGAAGUCGGUCGGAGAGACUUCCUUACUUCCAAAAACCUUGACAUCAACGAAGGCUUCGCCUUCCUGUCCGGAGCCAUACCCAUGUUACCAGGCGUAACAUCCGAUUUACAGUCUCGCAGGAUCUCUUUGAUUCACAAACGCCUCUCCGCCACACAGAACAGGAACCACCUUUCACAAUUAAUCCCAAGGAUCCUGGCAGACUCCGACGGAUCUAUGCGCUCCUGGGGAGAUUCAGGCACACUUGAUCCAUUUGACAACAUUCCAAAGUUAAUCUUCCAGACGUCUGUUCGGUCCCUGGCUUCAGCUGAGAUUGCUGACGAUGCUGCGGUCGUGUCACGUCUCCGGGAACUGUAUGAUAAAUUGGACGCGACCACGACACCCACUAGUGUCAUGCUCCCAUGGUUCCCAAGUCCCAGCAUGCUUGGGAAGUUGCUCGCGACCAAAAAGAUUUAUGACAUUAUAAAUCACGCUGUCGAGACUCGCCGUCAAAGCGGAGUGCAGGGAGAUGAUACGUUACAAAUUCUGCUUGACAGUGGCGACGACAAGAUGGUCAUUCUUGGAUUCAUUAUGGGUCUUCUGGUUGCAGGCGCGCGUUCCACAGGCACGACUGCUUCGUGGUUGCUCGCGUUCAUCGAGAGCAAUCCAGAAUGGAAAAACAAAGCCAGUGCGGAAGUUGAGGCCCUAGUUUCCAAUCACUCAUCGGCGCCGCAGGACAGCUCACAUGCAACCAAGUUAUCUUCCGUCGCUCUCGAAUCAUGGGAGACUGAAAUGCCUGUGUUCGACGCCAUGAUCCGAGAGACUCUACGGGUUGCUCAACCUCAUACGGCGAUGCGUAGGAACAUUGGGCCUGAAACACAUAUCAACGGGACCAAGAUACCAUCUGGUGCAUAUGUCGUAUACCCGUUCAGCGACGUUCAUCUGGAUUCGCAGCUAUAUCCUAACCCGUGGCGGUGGGAUCCGGCGAGACCAGAAUCAAAAAUACCUUUCUCAUAUGUUGGCUGGGGCGGAGGUAAAACCGUUUGCUUAGGCCAACGCCUAGCGAAGCUCUCGCUCAAGUUGGUGCUUUCACUGUAUUUGCUCGACUUCAACUCUGGCCUGGUCAGCGAGUCUGGUCGACAACCAGAAAACUUUCCUCGGCCAAACUGGAACGAUGCACUCACAUGCAAACCACCUCCAGGGUCUUACAGUUUACAGUUCACACGACGGAAAUCGUCAUCAGACUAGUUUUAACUUACAGGGAUUAUGGGACCGGUUGCUCUAUCUAUUGGGUAUUAUGUAUCAGUAGUCUAUAUUCCUCUUCGCAUACUGCCAUACACUGUAACAUAAGUCCGUCGACUAAUGCAGAGUAUAUUAUACCAUCCUCCAGCUU